GAUGAUGAACAUGUUUUCAACUGGUGUGCCGAAUAUACAUGCUGGCCCAGAAGCAAUAGCAUUUUGCAUUAUGGGUUGGCUUACCAAGAUUCUCAAAGGUUCCAGCCACAAAUGCUCGGAAUGCUCGGGAGGACAAUAUCAUGGGAUAUAUGAAGGUGAUACAACUUCGGAAACGGCUCGUGCCUCAGUGGACGAAUUGUCUGACUUUGACAAGGACGAAAUCGAGAGAGCAAUAGCCCUUUCUAUUGCUGAAGAAGAUGAGAAAGGAAAAAAAGUAAUAGAGAAUGAGCCCCAAUUGGAAGAAGAUGAACAGCUUGCUAAGGCACUUCAAGAAAUUCUGAACAUGGAGUCCCCACCUCGACCAACUCCACCUCGAUCACCUGAAUAUGAUUAUGGAAGGUUCUUCCCACGCUUUCCCUUCUUCUCUCCUUCAGGAUACAGAACGUGCGCUGGUUGCAAUAGCGAAAUUGGCCACGGAAGAUAUUUGAGUUGCAUGGGAGCUGUUUGGCAUCCAGAAUGUUUCCGCUGUCAUGCUUGUGACCAGCCUAUUACUGAACAUCAGUUUUCCACAUCUGAUAAUCACCCUUACCAUAAAUCUUGCUAUAAGGACCUCCACCAUCCCAAAUGCGAUGUUUGCAAAAACUUUAUUCCGACAAAUGCUGCUGGGCUGAUUGAAUAUAGACAACAUCCUUUCUGGCCUCAAAAGUACUGCCCAUUGCACGAGCACGAUGGAACGCCUCGCUGCUGCAGCUGCGAAAGAAUGGAGCCUGUGGAUUAUAGAUAUUUGAAUCUUGAAGAUGGAAGGAAACUAUGUCUGGAAUGUUUGGACUCUUCAAUAAUGGACACGCACGAAUGUCAACCUCUGUACCUUGAAAUACAAGAAUUUUAUGAAGGUUUAAACAUGAAGGUGGAGCAGCAGAUUCCACUACUCUUGGUCGAGCGACAAGCAUUGAACGAAGCCAUGGAAGGAGAGAAAAACGGUCAUCGCCACAUGCCCGAGACUAGGGGACUUUGCCUGUCAGAAGAGCAAAUUGUUAGAACGAUAUCGAGAAGGCCAAAAAUUGGAGGCUAUCGGAUAAUAGACAUGUUCACAGAGCCUUACAGGCUUGUCCGAAAAUGUGAAGUAACAGCAAUUCUUGUUCUGUACGGUCUUCCUAGGUUAUUGACUGGAUCCAUCCUGGCUCAUGAAAUGAUGCAUGCUUGGCUCAGACUUAAAGGUUACCCGACUCUAAGUCCAAACGUCGAAGAAGGGAUCUGCCAAGUGCUGGCUCACAUGUGGUUGGAUUCUGAAAUCAUUGCUGCCUCUAGCAGUAACAUCGCAUCCACUUCUUCAUCUUCUUCUUCCUCCGCCUCCUCAUCCUCUAGCUCAACGCCACCAUCAUCAAAGAAGGGGAAACGGUCUGAAUUCGAGAAAAAACUUGGUGAGUUUUUCAUGCACCAGAUCGAAGCAGACAAGUCAGCGGCGUAUGGAGAUGGGUUCAGGGAAGGCAAUCAGGCAGUGCUCAAGUAUGGCCUGAAGAGGACUCUUGAUCACAUUCUGCUCACCGGAUGCUUUCCCUGACUAUUCAUGAAUUCUUUGGGUUAGAAAAUUGCAAGACAGAUUGUGAAAAGUGUAAGUGAAAAGAUACACGAAAAUUUCGUGGUUUGAAUUAGGUUAUACACAUUCCAAAUAAUGUAUUUUGAUUUUGAGCACCACUGAUUUUGGGUGAAAUAUUUGUUCAGCAAUAAAAGGAAAAAAAGGUAUGAUCAUUAUGCA